UCGCAGCCAAUGUGAAUCCUGGAUGGGCGGGUUUAAACCACGUCUUUCAACAUUGUUACUGCAGAAGAAAGCGACGGAGCUGCAGCUGUGAGUGACGUUGGGGUUUAGAGUUGAGGGGAUCGCUGACAUUUUAUACAGUGAGGCGUUGCGGUGUAAGCAGAGGCGGAGGGCUCUGUUAGAAAGCCGUUCCGGUCUGAAGCACGGUAAAGGGUACACUGUGCUUUCGGUAUUUACACAGCGGGGCCAGCGCGCACUUAUCCAGUCCUGACCGCAGUGUUGCGAGAGGCUCCGCGCUGCUCAUUCAAAUGUGCAUGUAGUUCCAAAACAGAGAGUGCUUGGAAAGAGGCUGGAGCGCAUUGCAGCGAGCACUGCAUGGGACUCCUAAUGCUAUUCCGAGACAUCUUCUUCAUAUCUGCAUGCUAGCGAAUGCAGGAUCAAAGAUGGAAUCUGUCCACAUUAAAGAGGAAGACACUGAACUGGACGCUGUCCACAUUAAAGAGGAAGACACUGAACUGGACGCUGUCCACAUUAAAGAGGAAGACAUUGAACUGGACGCUGUCCCCAUUAAAGAGGAAGCAAACAGCAUUGCCGAGGACGUCAGUGACCUGGGACCCAUCCACGUCAUCGAGGAGAGUCCCAGGCUGGCAUGGGGGCACAUUAAAGAGGAGCGCACCAGUGACUCAGAUACUCACAAUGCAGCCGAGUUGGGGCUCAGUGUGGAAAAGCCUCAGAUCCCGGGAUCGGAGCAGGUGCACAUGCAGGGAGGCGGAAUCGAGAGCGUUCACACAAGGGAGAAUCACAGCAACCCUAACCAGGGCUUCGAAAGACACAUGACUUCCACUGGGAGCACAUCAGAUGAGGAGCCCCAUCCUUCCUGUUGGAAAUCCAGCUCCGGUGCUCAGUACCUUCAGAGGCAUGGAAACAAGGAAGAGCAUCAGUGCACCGAGUGUGGAAAGAGUUUCAGCCAGACAGAGCGCCCCACCCCACACAGAGAGGACACAGGGGACCCCCCUUACCACUGCCCUGAGUGUGGAGACAGCUUCAUCCAGCUGGGAAACCUCCGAUCACACCAGCGCAUCCACAAGGUGGAGAUGCAGCUCCGCUGCCCUGCCUGCAGGAAGACUGCUCGGGGUUCAGGACACCUUGGGAUCCAGCAGCAGCCCACGCAGCGGGAGACUCCGUACAGCUGCCCGGAGUGCGGGGAGAGCUUCAGUGCAGCUGGGGCCCUCAAACUGCAUCGCCGCAUUCACACCGGAGAGAAGCUGUGUCUGUGCAGCCUGUGUGGGAAGAGCUUCAGCCGCCUGCAGCACCUGCGCAACCACCAGCGCAUUCACACAGGGGAGACCCCGUACCGCUGCCCUGCCUGUGGGAAAAGCUUCAACCAGUCCGGGGCUCUGAGGAGGCACCAGCGCAUUCACACAGGGGAGACGCCCUAUCACUGCACGGAGUGCGGCAGGAGCUUCAUUCACGGAGGAGCCCUGAACAUGCACCAGCGCCGAGCCCAUGCUGGCAAGACCCCCUAUCACUGCCCUGAGUGUGGAGAGGGCUUCAGCUACUCCUACCAGCUCAACGGGCACGCCUGCACUGUGGGGCAUGGAUAACCACAGCCCACAACGUGCACAGCGACGCUCUGAAGCGAGCACUGCUGUCUGGGUGUGAUUUCUAUCAUUUACAUGCAUUGGGGGGGGUUGGGGUUUUGUAACUGAACUGUAUCCCGUUAACGGGAUAUAUAUAUAUUCACCUUUUUAAAUCAGGUAUUGUUUUUGAUUAACGUAUUGUAUUUGUAAUAAUGAAUAAAAAUGAUUGUUUCUUUGAUCAGAAAUGUGGUGCAUUUCUUUUUUUCUUAACAAAAUCCGUAACAGAUGAGCUUUAUAAGACUAGAUAUUGUAGCAGGUGUUCCCUCUUCCAGAGAAACUCCAGAGAGGCCCCAUACCUGAAGAAUUUAGAACAGCUGCAGUCUUCUUGUUAUGAGGACUGGCAGGAACACCCUUCCAAUCCUGAGUCCUGCAAUACAAACAGGACACCGUAGCUUUGCAGGGCAAUGCAACUAAUCCCUACAUAUGAGAUCAGGGACAGACCAAGCAAAAAGAGUAUGGAAUGGUUCCCAAGCUGUCAUUC